AUAAGUAGAUUUAUAGCAAAUGUGGAACGUUAAUAAUUCUUUUACAAAUACAUUUUUUUUUAAUACAUUUUUCACUUUUUGAUAUAAAUAUAUAUACAUUUUUGAGCAAUAAAAACACUUCGAACAAAAUAUCAUUUUUUUAGAUUUACCAAAGACGGAAAAAAUGAUGAAAGAUCUCAUGAUGGACUUGCAAUUUGCAUCACUGAAAGUCAAUCCUUUCAAUCAUCAGAUAGAUGAAUUGCAACAGAUAUAUAGAGUACAAGCAUCAAGUAACUACGUCAUUAAACGUACAUCAUUAAGUGAAUCGAUAUCUUCAACAUCGGGACAUAAUCUGGUACAACAAAAUGUAGAAACGAAAGACUUCCCUGAUACUUUAGAUAUCACUAUAAAAACAGAGAAUGUACAAGUAAAUGACUUGGAAUAUGUUCACGAAUGGAACAGUGCGAACACUGCGAAUGCAACAGAUGAAAUAAAGUCUUCGAGUGAUCAAUCAAAUGCAGCACACAAUCAUAAGGUGAAAAUAAUAUAUAUUUAUAUAUGGAUAGCCCAUUUUGACAUUAAUGAAGGUAUUUUGAAGGAUGUUUUGCAAAUAAUGAGAUGCAAAGGUCAAAGCAUGACAGAUAUGGAGAAAGCAAUGGUGAUCUGUUUUGAUGAAGUCGAUUUGUCAAAUCAAAUAGCCAUUGAAAGAAGAUAUAGGACCUCAGAGGACCUCAAAGAGUUAUAG